GAGUAGGUGCGGCCUUCAGCUGCGUGGCAGGACGUGUCGACGUCACGUUUUUUACGUAUCGUGAAUCAAUACGGUUAAGCGAGUCGGUGACGUGGUUUCCUGCAGAAGAUGGCGGAACCGGAGUUGUUGCUGGACUCCAACAUCAGGCUCUGGGUGGUUUUGCCCAUCGUCUUCAUCACUUUCUUUGUGGGUCUCAUCAGGCAUUACAUUUCCAUCCUGCUGCAGAGCGACAAGAAGCUGACAGAGGAGCAAGUUUCCGACAGUCAAAUUCUGAUCAGAAGUAGAAUUCUGAGAGAAAAUGGCAGAUAUAUUCCAAAACAGUCUUUCCUAACACGGAAGUAUUAUUUUAACAACCCUGAUGAUGGAUUUUUCAAGAAGACCAAAAGAAAAGUUGUUCCGCCCUCUCCCAUGACUGACCCCACUAUGGUGAUGGACAUGAUGAAAGGCAAUGUUACCAAUGUACUUCCCAUGAUUCUUAUUGGUGGCUGGAUCAAUUGGACCUUCUCUGGUUUUGUCACAACAAAGGUUCCAUUUCCUCUGACAUUACGUUUUAAGCCCAUGUUACAGCAGGGAAUUGAGCUGCUCUCACUGGAUGCUUCCUGGGUGAGCUCUGCAUCUUGGUACUUUCUGAAUGUGUUUGGACUCAGAAGCAUGUAUUCCCUACUCCUAGGACAAGAUAAUGCUGCAGAUCAGUCGCGUAUUAUGCAGGAACAGAUGACAGGUGCUGCAAUGGCGAUGCCUCCAGAUACAAAUAAAGCUUUCAAGGCCGAAUGGGAAGCAUUGGAAAUCAUGGAUCAUCAAUGGGCCUUGGAGGAAGUGGAAGAAGAGCUUAUGGCCAAGGAUCUUAAUUUUGAAGGAAUGUUCAGCAAGGAAAUGGAGACAUCAAUGUUUUGAGGCACCUUAACCAGGGACCCCAGAUAAAACUCCUACCAUAACUUGUGUUUGUAGUAAGACUAAUAUUUCUCGUCUUAAAAAUUCACCUGAAAGCAUUAGAGAUGUCUGUUAAAACUUCAAGUUACACAAGCCACUAACUUGAUAUUUUACUGUGAAUUUAAAAGCCAUUAGUGUAAAGAUACUAGACAAGAAUAGAUUGUAUUAUUUCUUGCAACAUCCCAGGAAUUGUCUCCCACUGUUCAUUCAUAAAAGUGCAAGUUACUUAGAAGUCCAAGUUGUCUAUGACCAAAUGUAUUGGAUCCCCUUUCUGUUAAAAGAAUUGUUGGGUGGGGGAAAAAAUACUAAUCUCAUGUGGGUAAGGGUGUUUCUUUGGGUAAUUGAGGUGUGUUAUUUUGCAGUUCUUGAAAAGGUCAGAAUUUAGAAGUUCACUACAUUUAAUGUUCAUCUUGUGACUAAGUGUUGGCAUCUAUCAAUUUUUUUUUCAUAUUACCACCAAGGAACUGGGGAAAAAUAGCCCACAAUGAUAUUGUUUCCCUUUGACAGUGUUAAAAUUGUGACUGGCAAAAUGACAAGUUACAGGUGUUGCAUUACAUACACUUUAGUGGUUACACUGUAAGCUAUUUUGUGUCCUGCAAAAGAACCAAAAUUAAUGUGGUGUAAAAAAUAUAUUUAAAACUUCAACUUGAAAUGUUGUCAAUACUGAGUUCCUUCUCUGUGUAAACUGCAGAAACUGAAAUACCACAAGAAAUGCCAACUAGCAAUGUCAAACAGAGGUCAAAGCUACACUUGCAUUUGCAUUACCUUCACUGUAAUCAUGCAUCACACUUUGGUUUUUCUAUUCCUGUAACUUUUUUCUUUUUUAUAGUUGGAUUGGUGGCAUACAGUUCACUGCUUACUCUGGUAGUGUGAAGGAGGAAUAUUGAGCUGCUUUGAUAUUUUGUUCCACUUUUGGUUUUGAAAUGUAACCUUACUGGACUCUGCUUCACUGUUUUGAAAUGCACUGUAUUUCAAGUUGACCAGUUUCAAUGUGUAUUCUUCUGACACGUGAAAAUGCCCAUUUGUUCAAGGACAAAUAAAAAGAACACUGAUUACCCCCAUCCCCCACAUCCUUUAAGCUCAGGAUAGCUAAAGCAUCCAGGAAAAUCUCAAGAACUUUCUGUAUGUGUGGUUUAGCUGAUCCUACCCAGGACAGACAAUUAAGUCCUUUUCCAGUAAAAUAUACUGUCUUUGUUUUAACCACCACCUAACAAUCCAGAUCUGUGUGAACAUUUGGCACUGACAGAUAGACAAAUGUGGAUAAAAGUUUGGUGCACACUGUGGCCAACAAUGCACCUUCAAAGUUUACAAGUGAAGACUUGGCAUUGGCCAAGGAUUUGUAUGUCAACAAUUUGAAAAAUUAAAUUGCAAAAAUCAUAGAAACAAAAAAAUGUCAAAUUAUUUGACUUAUUUAUUACUCAAUUUGAAGAUUUUUUUCCAAAUGCGCAGUAUGCACUUGGGAUUAAGCCAUCAAGCCACCCACCUUUUUCUCAGCCCAAAGUUUUGAAUUAUCUCAGAUCUUCAGUUUUUCUGGACCAAAUUGAAGCAAAAUGGUGUUCCACUUGUUUCCAAGGCUAAUUUUUGCAUACGAAUUCAACAUUCUUUUAAAGUUUAGUAAUGUUAAUUUGUACACACUCUGUUCCCUGACAUAAUUUUUGGCACGCCUCAGAUAAAACCAUCCAAUAAAUGGAUGGAUGUGUGUACACAUUCUGGUAUGAUUAAUAACAAAUGUUGUCUUUUACUGAUUUUUUCUUUAAUGCCCAUGGUUCCUUUCCUGAUGGAGCUGGCUUACAGUUCGAUAUGGUUUUUCAAGUGCACCUGGCCCUUCACUCUUUGUAAGCACAGAUCUGACAACUGCUUAGCAAUGUCAGAGUUGGGGCUCAUUCAUUUGCUGCUCAUUCCUAUCUCCUUCCAGUCUUUUGGAAUGCUGUUGCAAAUCAUGCCUCUACACAUCCCAUCUGCAUCUGAUAAAUAUUAACAACUCAACCUGACACAUUGAGCUUUGACUCUGUACUGUACCUGACUGCAUUUGUAGUCUGAGCCACUGGAGCAAACUGUAUGGUUUGGUGUGGACGCGAUAGACUGGCCUGUUCUAUGCCAUCAUGAAAUAUGAAUGUCAAUAGGCAGAAGGUUUUGUGUGCACUUUGUUACAGCAGUGCAUUAACAUUCCAACGACUUUCAUUCAGAUGAAAGGUCAUCGAUCUGAAGUGUUAACUGCUUUUUCCACAGAUAUUGCUUGUUCUGCUGAAUAUUUCCAACAUUAUUUCUGUUUUUAUUUUUUAUUAACAUUCCAGAAGCAGUCUCCUUUCAAAAAUCAGAUUAGAACAGAUUUUGGAACAAUUGAGCAUUUUUUUGGGAGGCCAUAUAAUUUUAUCACCAGUGUGUAAAGUUAAUAACUUGUACCUUGUGUAACUGUUGUAUCAAUAUUACUUCUGCUUGGUUCUCCUUUGCCAUAGGAUUCUUUUAGAUGAAAAUAGCAAGUCCGUAAAAUGUAACAAGAGGUAAUGAGGAGCAUAGAAAGGGUAUCAUGUGUCUUUGAAGAUUUUGGGCUCAUGGUAUUGAUAUUUCACCCCGGGAGCAAAAAAGACUUUUUUUUAAAAGCAAAAUUGGUCUUUAUUGCUGGUAUUUUACAACUGUUUCUUUAAUAGUUUUAAUGUUGAAUUACAUGUUAAUUAGAUUUUUAAAAAAUCACAUUAAAGGCUGUGACCUGACCUGGUAACAAUAAUGAUUUGUAUGCUUUGUAAAUAACAGGAAAGGCAUUUCUGACAAUUAUCUCUCUGUUGUAGAACCUUUUUACAAAUUAAGAAUUUACUCUGACUUUCAAACCUGGACAGCAAAAGUGUGUGGUUUGCAACUAAAACAAAAAGCAUCCCAAGAAUUCUGGGGACAUAAUUAUUGCAUUAAAAAGGCAGGAAAAAAUAGAUGGUUGUAUGUAGCUCUGGUGUAUAUGGGUAAUUAACAAAGAGCUUCUAAACAAAGUUCAGCUGAAACCAGUACAGAAAUUGCAGAUUUUUUUUAGUAUUUGUGAUUUGUUUAUAUUUUGAAUGUAUAUGAGGUAUCAAAAAAUACUUUACAAAAAACAGACUCCUCAAUCUCAUCUGAUAAGAAGAUUCAAUACUUACCCAACAGCAUCAACAGUGGUACUCUAAAAUUGCAGAAUCAUAAAUUGUUCUUCAUACCAACAAUCUCUAAUGCAGCCAAUCCAGGGGUCCACCAUGGCAUGUAAAUGUUUCUCAAAGGACUGAGAGGCAAUAAAAUCCAAUUUGGUGUUAUUUGUAAUAUUUUUGAUUUCAUUAAAUAUUAAGUUCUUUAAAGGUCAUGUAAAAACUGGCCAUGUUCUUUACAUUAAUUUUCAAACCCAUUUAUGUACAAUAUUUCAAUGAUCUUCAAAUUUUUGAACAUAUCCUUCUGAGAAAUGCUCAUGGGAGCAAUGUCAUCAGCAAAGGCCAAUGAGGAAUAACUUAGCCAUUGUAUGAGUAGCACUUCUUAUCUAAUGUACAUAAAACAUGAAAGAAUGUACAUAAAGCACUUCACCUUUCUGAUAAGAAUGGGUUCAGUCUUCACUUCCAUGCCCUCACUUGUUGUAAUUGAAUUAAAAUAGAGAUGGAUAGAAGGUAAAUAAAUUGUUUAUUAAUCAUCAUAUGAUGGAGCUUUUAUUAUUCAUGUCCCACAGUAUCGCAAGCCUUGGCUAAGUCAACAAAGCUGUCCAGCCAACACCCUGUUAUUUUUUUCUUAAAUAGACUCUGGGUCCUCAUAUACUCACCCUUGUGCCUCAAAUCUUUUCCUCACCCCUAAAUUGGGAUUCUUGUGUCUCCCUCAACUCUUCUGCCAUAACCUUUCUUGCACUACCCCUUUUAAUCUUAGUGCCACGCAUAAUUAAUAAUCGUGAAAUCCUAUUUAAAAAGGGUAUCACGUGUGUAUACCAUUAAUAUCACCUCAGCCUUCUAAAAUCGCAGCCUCGUUAACCAACUGAGUCAAGCAAAUUCAAUUUGUAUUUCCAUUAACCUCAACUUUGCCAGAGUCUUGGGAUUCUUUUUGGCUCCCUGCAAUAAAUUAUUUUGAUUACAGCUCAGGUGAGCUGCUAGAAAGCCUUUUAGAUUUUAAGGUCACUUUAAAUUAAUCUACUCAGGUGAGUAUUUUAGUGAAAAUCCUAAGUAAAAUGGAGCUGUUUGGAAAAAGGCCUCCAAAUAUUUCUCAUUUGCAUUUUGACCAGAUUGUCAGAUUUUGGUGUAAGGAUCAUAUUCUUGCUUUAAUGUUGUUCAGGAUUCUUCUGUACCAUAUCCAAAAAGAACAAAACUGCACUAAAAUAUCCAUUUCAAUCUUCUUGACCUUGCUAGGUUUAAAUCCAUCAGGACCAGUGGCUGUCUCUUUUUUUGAGUCCAUCUUAAAGCUUCUCUCAGCAGCACUAAUUGAGUCUAACAGACUCUAAUUGUUCACCGUACUCAAGCAAAGGCUAACCUUGGCAAUUCCUACAUGGUUAUUACAAACCAAGAUCUACAAAAGUUAUCUAAAAUUCCAACCUUUAAUGGACAGGCCACGUUAAUUGAGCUGCCCAUAAACUACCUUGCCAACACCUUCUGUUCUCACUAAACAACUUUUGCACUUUUAGAUAUUCACUCGUAUGUUUAGCAAGCCAUUUCCUUGCAUCAGAGUUAAGAAACUCCUUUCUCUUGGAUCUACCUGCAGCCCACCUUGAACAUGUACCAUCACAAUCUUUAAUGCCUUGAUCGAAUAAUAAUAGUGAUACAUUGUUCAUCCGAGCUGUAAUGUUAAAAAUAAAUGGUAAUUGACCAAUGAUGCAACUGUAAAAUCUGUUUGAACUUGUAAAAUGCAUUUUCACUGCAAAGUUUUAUUCCAUGCUUUUUGAGUUGUUGUGGUGCUCCAUUAUCCUUCAUGUGUGGGAGUGCAUGUAUAGAUGACAUUUCUAGAGCUAGAUGGGUCUUGUGUCUUUCCCAUUCCCAUAAUGUUCUUUGCUUGGAGGGGAUGUAGAAAUUCUUUCUUAAUCUGCUGCAUUUGUUUAUUAUUCUGUUAUAACUAAACAAUAAACAUAUCCUUGAAAUGCAAGUUAGUCCUGAAAUAUAACUCGAACAAAUACAGAGAACCAAAACUGAGCUUCUACAAUCAGGGCAGAAUUUAUCAAUGGUUAAAUGCACCCUAAUGCUAUCCCAGAGAUUUACAGUGAAAAUGGUGGUUCCUUUGAAAUUUGUUUUGGGUAGUGAUCAUUUCAUAGCAACUAGAAAGACUAAGAAUAGAUGAUUGACUGUCCAGGGUUGAUGAUGAAUGGCCAACUGGGCAAUGCAUCAGAGAACAGCUGCUGUACCCAAGUGAAAGUUAACACCUUAAGAGAGCAAAGCCUCUUCUUUCUCAUUAUCUGCAAAUGUGUAACUAAAGCAUGCUCCAAUUCGCUCUAUGCUAUCAUUAGGAAUUACUAGUGGUGCAAUACCACUUCUGCUGCUGUUAUAGUUAUUCUUCAAGUUCAGUAAACAGUUUUACGAGCACACUUUUUCGAAUGUUAUUGUUAAAAUAGUGAGUGCAUUUCGGUUAUAGGGCCUCAAAGAUAAAAUAUAUGAAAACCCAUGGAAUCUAAAUGGUUGAAUGUGUACUCUAUAAUAACAUGACUGAUCUCAUGAAAUUUUGACUUUUUCAGUGACUGGUUUACAACUGUCUUUUUAUAUUUCCUCUAUUUAAAAAUAGAAAUACCAUAUUUAAUAACCCUGUUCUCAGAUACUAUCUGCAUAUUAUUUUGCAGACAACCUUGCUCAGUUUUGUAUGAAAUGUUAUUUUCAUUAUGUGUUUAAUAAAGCUUUUGAAUAAAAAUA